GAUUACUACAGUGUUAUAAAGAAACCUAUGGACUUGGGCACCAUUAAAAAGCGCCUGCAACACAAUUACUACACCAAGGCUGCAGAAUGCAUGGAGGACUUUAAAACUAUGUUCUCAAACUGCUACAUUUAUAAUGAGCCCGGUGAUGACAUUGUGAUUAUGGCUGAAGAACUAGAAAAAUUGUUAAUGGAGAAGAUAGCACAAAUGCCACUAGAAGAAAGACCAGUGAGUCUCAAUAAAGGAAAGAGAGAAGGAAAGAAGCCAGAAGAAGCACAGCAGCCCAACCCUGGGACUUCAAAGGGACGAAGCACAGGGCAGAGACAAGCGGAAAGCAGUGAGCAGCCUCCAGUGAUGACUCCAGAGCAACAGCAGGUAGCAUUGGCUCCUUUGUCUGCAGCUCAACUGACUGCUUUAAUGCCAGCUGCAGAUCCCAUAACAAAAGUAGAUUUCCUCAAAUAACGCUCAGAAACUACAACUCCUACUCCUUCAAUAGACGCAGCAAGUGGUGAAUCAUCUGCGACGUUUAAUGAAAGCAAAGCUGUUAAAGCAGGCAGAGGUGAAAGUGAAUAUAUAGUAUCAAACAAGAAUCUGAAGAGAUCUUUGCUAGAUUCUCCAUGGUCACCUGGACCUGCUAAAAAGAUUCAGUUGUCAGAAGAACUAAAACAUUGUAAUGCGAUACUUGAAGAAAUGCUUUCAAAGAAGCAUGCAGCAUAUGCGUGGCCUUUCUUAAAACCUGUAGAUGCAGCAACUUUCCCCACUGGUGAGAACCAAGGCAGUGCCAAAUGUCCUACAAACCUAAGAACCAUUAAAGAGAAAAUGGAUCACUUGGAAUAUAACAAUAUACAAGAAUUUGCUACAGAUGUGAGAUCAAUGUUCAUGGACUGCUACAAACAUCAUUCCCCAGACCAUGAAAUAGUCACUAUGGCAAGAAAACUUCAGGAUGUAUUCGAAAUGCACUUUGCCAAAAUUCCUGAUGAACCUCUUGCAAGUGCUCAUCUGCCACAGCCUUUGAGAGAAGUGUCAGGAGUUUAUUCCAGUGAAAGUACUGAUGACGACUCUUCAGAAGAAAAUUCCUCUGAAGACUCUGAAGCGGAGAUAAGACUGCACCUUGCAAAGCUUCAUGAGCAACUUAAAGCUUUUGAACAGCAGUUUUGGCUUUUGACCAAAGCAUGCUUAGCUAAAUGGGAAAAGAAAAAAGGCAAGGCUAAGAGCAAGCAAAGGAAGAACAAGGAAAAGGCCAAAAUAAAAGGCUUGAUUCAAAAGAAGAAUCUGCAACACAAGAAGGAAUCUCAGAAGAAGCUGUCUUUAAACAUUCAAUCAAAGAAAACCAUGCAGCAGGUGUUGUUGGCACAUAAGCCAGAAGAUGAUGGUGCCAAGCCUAUGAAUGAUGAUGAAAAACGACAGUUGGCUUUAGACAUAAGUAAACUCCCUGGAGAAAAGCUUGUGGAAGUAGCCCAUAUAAUACAGUCAGGAGAACCUGCACUGAGGAGCUCUAUCCCUGAUCAAUUAGAAGUAGGCAUUGCAAGUUUAAAUGCUUCAACACUCAGAGAACUAGAGAAAUACGUGGCAACCUGUCUGAGGAAGAGACCAAGUGAGAUGGGAGCUGAAAAUGCAACAAUGUCAAAAGAACAAGUGAAUUCUGAAAGGAAGCAAGAACUUGAGAAGAAACAGCUGGAUGUCAAUGGUGAACUAAACCCAAAGAAGAACUUUGAGUCUGAAAACAAGGCUGAGUCCAGUACUGGACCAAGGGGACUGAGUGGCAGCAGCAGCUCCUCAGAUUCUGGCUGCAGUACUAGCAGUGAUUCUAGCUCCUCAGAUAGCAGUGGCUCUGAAUCAG